AUGUCCGGAAAGGGAAAGGGAGGCCGCGGAACGAAGUCGACCACCCGGUCGGCCAAGGCUGGACUGCAGUUCCCUGUGGGCCGUGUCGGCCGCUUCCUCAAAAAGGGCAAGUAUGCGUCCCGCGUGGGUUCGGGAGCGCCCGUGUACCUGGCCGCCGUGUUGGAGUACUUAACCGCCGAGGUGCUUGAGCUAGCCGGCAACGCCGCCCGGGAUAACAAGAAGGCCCGCAUCAUCCCCCGCCACAUCCAGCUGGCUGUCCGGAACGACGAAGAGCUCAACAAGCUCCUCGGUGAGGUGACCAUCGCGUCCGGUGGGGUGCUGCCCAACAUCCACGCCGUACUCCUCCCCAAGAAGGUCGUCAAGAAGUGAGCUCCCCUCCUUGAACUUGGGCGGCCUGUUGAUCCAACGCGUGGUUCACUUAACUGCGUGCGAACAAAAAUCUGGUGUUUACUCAACACCACCCUUUCAAAACUUAAGAAAAACAGAGCCGAACUUGCGGUUUGCCGACCGCCGUUGGCCCCCAAGACCUUGAUCGAGUUGCAGUUGGUUUGGAUUUGCCGAGUGUACGUGGUGAAAGUUCAUCGUGUUAGGAGGAAGACGAGAUGUUAUUCGUGACUCAGCUUUUCGUUGAAGAUGCUAUUAUUUUAGUAUUAUAGGAUCGCACGGGUCUCAUGGGUGGUACGUAUCUUGUGUCAGUGUUGUAUACAUAAGUGUUUUCAACAGACUUCUCGGAAGGGUUUCGGUUUCAAUGACCCAGUGGGAUCUGUAAGGGUGUGAUGAAAUCUCGCCCAUCCGGUGAAUCGCGCCCACAGAACACGCCUACUGCUGCUGUACGAGGGUAUGUGAUGGAGACGUCAUCAAGUGUC